AUGGGUGAUCAAGCAAUCAAUAUUGCUCAAUUACUUGAUGCAUUUCAAUUAUUUGACACAAAUAAAGAUGGUUGUAUUAGUUUUGAUGAACUUCGAGCUGUAUGUCAAAAAUUACAAAUGCCUAUGGAUACAACAAGACUCAAAUGUGCAUUUCAAAAUCGUGAUAAUAUAUCAUUUGAUGAAUUCUGUCGUAUUAUGCAAGAUUAUAAUUCAAAUUCAAAUAAUGCAUAUUUUCAAGAAACAUUUAAUGCAUUUGAUAAAAAUGCUGAUGGUUAUAUAACAGCUAAAGAAAUAAAACGAACAAUGAAAGAACUUGGUGAACGAUUAACGGAUAAACAAGCUAAAACAAUGCUUAAAUCAGCUGAUUCAGAUGGUGAUGGAAAAUUAUCCAAAGAUGAAUUUCGUACUCUAUUUAAUCAUCUAGCACAAUUUACAAAUUCUACAUUAACAACACCACCUCUUACAAAUGCACUUGAUAAGCCUGAUUCACAAUAA